AUGGGCUCCCCAGUCUGGCCGACAUGGCUGAAAAGGCACACUCCGUAUUAUUCCUUGAAGAAACUGUUAUCUUUCUUCAACGGUGUUAUGGCUGAUAAGGCCAUUAAGAAGUUUGUCAUUCGGAACAUCGUAGAGGUCACAGCCAUCAGGGACAUUCCUGAAGCGAGUGUUUUUGACGCCUAUGUGCUUCCCAAGCUGUAUGUGAAACCGCAUUACUGCCACAAGUACAUGUUCAGCUACAUGGGGCUCCCAUCCCCCGACUCCCCACCCUGUGUCUUCCCGUGUUUCUCGGUCAUGGUCAUCAUUCUCAUCGUGGAAAUCACUGUCGCCACAGUGAUCCUUGCCUUCUUCCCGAUUGUUAGAGAAGUGGCCUUGGAGCACAACUUUGUGACCCAGAAUUACAGAGGUUACAAGCCGGAUGACUAUUCCCUGGAAUGGAAUUUGGUCAUGGAGAAGAUGAGAUGCUGUGGCAUGAAGGACUACACAGAUUUUCCAUCCUUCGAAAGGAUGACUGGCCACACCUACCCCAGGGGCUGCUAUAAAUCUAUCGGGACCGUGGCCUGCGACGGGCACAACGUGUCUGCAGGUGUCAUCCACCAGGAAGGCUGUUUCCCUAAGCUCCUGAAAAUAACCAAGACUCAGAGCAUCAACCUGAGUGGAGGCUCUCUGGGGGCGGCAGUGAUACAGGGAUUGAACCUGGGUCACAGCGUGAAAGUGCUGAAUCAUAACCACUAG